AUGUAUUCACUCAUAUUCGCCUUUCUCGGCUUGCAGUCAUGCGUGGCUGCGUCGCCCAUCGCGUCUUUGGGCUUGCUUCGAAAGUCGGUGACGGAACUCGACCAGGCGGCGUUUGAAGAGGCGCAGCAGCCGGAUAACACAGCGACAAGGGCUUUCUCAGGAACGCAGAUUCGGACCUCUGAUGGGCGAUGCUUGUUCGUUGACGAGCUGUCUGGAGAUUUCCGGGCAAAUCUCACUCCGAUACAAGUAGCUGAAUGUGAUAGCACAGACGGUCAAGGAUGGGAUGUUAUUACCGCAGGGAAGCAUAACAAUGCUGAGAAUUCGAUGCUCAUUGUUAGCACUUUGACAAAUGCAUGUUUCAACUUCGAUCCGCGACGUGCGAGUGGCAACCAAGUCAUUCUUUUUAGCUGCGGUGGACGGGCAGAUGGUGGCGGCGAAGUCACAGACUCCCAGCUCUUCCCUUUCAGCGCCAGUAGUAGUGGUCCUCUCACGUUUUCACCCCAGAAUGACCUACAGUCGUGCUUCACCGUUAAGGGUAACGUCAUCGAUGUUGCCCCCUGUGCCGCUGGAAGUUCCGACCAACUAUUUACAUUUGGCAAUGCACCAGCAGCUAUUAGUAGCGCAUCGAGCGGAACAGAUGUCUCGUCUACGCCAACUAACCCUCCUCAAGCGACUGCUACAUCUACCGCCACCGCUACUACAGUACAGAAUCCGAGUCAGGGGUCGACAACAUCUGUCUCGGAAGCUACCGGAGCAAUUCCCAAUCCUACCGACGCUGUCCCCGUAUCUCGUGCCGGUGGCGUGUUACAACCCACAGCAGUAGCCGAGUCUCAUCAGCGGGACGACACAGCGACGCGUGCUUUCACCUCCGUCAGCAUAAAGGCACCAAACGGCCAGUGCCUCUUCAUCGACCCAACUGCUGGUGACUUUCGAGAGAACCUCAUCCCGGUCUCGUUAGUGCAGUGUGGCGGGACGCCCAAUGAAAAGUUCGACAUCAUUACGGCUGGGAAACAUAACAACGCUCAAGAUUCGGCUUUGAUAGUGAGCAGCUUGACGAACGGUUGUAUUAGCUUCGAUGGACGACGCCCGGCUGGCGACACGGUAACGAUUUUCUCGUGCGGAGGGCGAGCAGCUGGAGAGGGCGAGACGAACAAUGGCCAGUUGGUACCAUUUACGGGGGAGACAAAUUUUGUCUUCGCGCCAGAGAGCGAACGAAAUGCAACAUGCAUCGUGCCGGGCAACGGUAGGCUUGAUUCUGCUCCUUGUGCCGGAGAUAGCUCUCAGGUCUUUACUAUUCUAGCGUAG